AAUAACAAUCGCCAAGAAGACAACGCGAGUUUUGCCUGCAAGAAGAAGCCAAGAACGCGCGAAUCUCUCUUCAAGCAAUGAGUGCAGGAAUGGCCAUCACUUCUUCGUGGAUUUCAGGAACGAUUCUCGUCCAUUCAUCCGCAUCGCCAUUGACGAUACUAUCUCCUUGCUCAUGUUCUUCUUCGGGCCCCCGCGUGAUUUGUCGAUCACAAGUAGGACCACCUACUGGACUCAAGCUAAUACUGCACGAUGCACUCGACUCAUCAGGAUUCGAUACAACGCAUGUCAGGGCAGCAAGAGAGGGCUUCUGUGGGCAGAUUCGAGAUUUCUCGAGUAUCGAAAGGGAAACGAGCAUUGUAAUUAAUAGAGGAGUAGACCUAGGGAAAACAGCUCUUUAUAUUGCUGCAGAAGAUGAUUCCCUAAUUUCACAUUCUUCUGUCCCACUUCCUGUGGAAGCAUUCAUUGAUAGAUUGGAUGAUCAUUCUAUGCAAUUCUGUUCUCAUUAUAGCUCUAAUUUCAGAUCUUCUUCACCUGAAGAAUUUUUUAAGUAUCUGGAGAUAUACUUGUACAUAGACAAGGGUUUUAGGAGGAGUAGUUCGAGAAAUCCAUUGGAGCAACGUGCACUUUAUCUUCCUUCGGUGUUGACUCACAGAGUAGGUUCUUCAGUGAUGUUGUCCCUUGUGUACUCAGAGAUUCUGAAAACGCUUCGAUUAUGGGGAAUGUUGACUUUUGAUGUUGAGAUCUUCUUUCCUCAUGAUUCUCAAGGUUUGCCAAAGGGUUAUCUUAAGAAGAAAAGCUUGGAAUCUCAUCAACCUCAUAUUUUGACUUCAGAGGCUUUAUUAAUAAGGACGCUGAGGGAUCUUAAGAAUGCUUUCUGGCCAUUUCAAUUCGAUAGCAGCAAUAGAAGUUUGUUUUUACGAGCUGCAGAUGCUGCUGAUAACUCUCGAGAACAUGAAGAUAGUGCCUUUAGGUUGGCAUCUGCAAAGGCUGCACAGCAUAGGCUAGACCGUGGCGUUUGGACUAGUGUACGUUUAGGAGAUAUGAAACGUGCUCUAUCCGCAUGCGAACAUCUUAUCUUGAUGAACGUUGAUAUGAAGGAAAUAAGAGAUUAUGGCGCUCUACUUUAUCACUGUGGGUUUUACGAGGAAUCCAUGGAAUAUCUCAAACAUUAUUCCAAUUCAAAGUUUGUUAGAUCAUCUGAUUCAAUCAGCAUCGAGGAAGAUGAAGCUGUUGAGAAAUUAAUAGCCCGAUUGAACCUUGUGGCUAUGGAGGUUGGUUGGACGAGGUCCUCAUCUGUCAAACACUUCCUCACUAGAAACUCCGAACCCUGGUGACGGAGUUUGCAUUUUAAUAGUGAUGCUCUUGGACCUCCAACUGGCCGGAAUCUCUUGCCGGAAAUAGGUGGUCUCCGGCGAGGAUCAACUGCCUAGCUUUUAUACAUGCAUGAAGUGAGCUAUUUUUUCUUUUACAUAUUUAUCCUAACUGUCGUCAGCUGCGAAUACUUUGAAAAUGAAAUCCCUGAACCGUUUUGCAUAUUGUUUGGGAUCGACGGCUGAGAUUGAAGUGGCGUCGUAUUGAAAUGAUUUGUAGGCAUGCUCCAACUUCUUACUUAUGUCGUAAUCCUGAAGAAUGUCUAUUAUGCCAAAGAACAUUAUCACUUCGUAGUAGUCUCCUGUUGGUUCGCCUAUUAGUUGGAGCUCGUUACCGCUUUUUCUUACCAUUUGUUCAGCACGGGCUGACAUGUUAAUGCCUAAGGUGAACGUUGACAAACUGCACCCAUAAUAUUUGCUGUCAGACAUCAAUAAACUUAAAGACCUUGUUCGAAACUCGGGUUAUUUGAAUUUAAUCUCGAAAAUUCAC